AUGGGGCUUUGCGAGCUCUGCAAUAGCGAAUAUCCAGAUGGAGGAGAAUCGAAAUCAAUCCAUGAGUCCGGAAGACGACAUCAAAGAUCUCUCGAACGUCAGGCCCAGGCAGCUGAAUUGCCUAAGAAAUCUGUAUUUGUGGCGUUGACGUUCAAACGUGGUGCUGGUGAUGAAGUUUUGGAUCCUAAAGUCAUUGCCUCCGCUUUUAGCAUUUUUGGUGAUGUCACCCACGUAUCUUGUGGGUUUCUUCAAGAUCACGCUUUCGUAGAAUUCGAUGGCGAAGAUGCAGUUGAGCGAGCGAAGGCAGCAAAAUCCAUUCGGAUAAAUGAAACUCUGACUGGCAUCAUUUAUGAACGACGUGUGACGUUUCAUGAUGAGCAUGAUGGUCCGACUGUCGACAUAGAUGAGGUCAUCCAGCAUGUUAACGAUGAGUGCUGUCGUGGUUUCUCAGCUCAACUCGAUCGAAUCACCUCUUGCAUUGGUGUAACUGAGAAAGAGAUUCUGCGCCGAAACACGUUUCGUAAGCGAUUUGAAGAGUUGUUGUGUCGAUAUGUACAGGAUCCAAACAUAAUUCAAUUUGGUUCGGCUGUAACCGGUCUAGGCACGAACGACUCUGAUAUAGACCUCUGUCUUCUCUUCAAGGACGAUACCGCUUCCCCUAUGGGCGAUUUCAUACGUGAUGGGAAUACUCUGCUUUCCUGCCCUCCAGAGCAUUUCCAGGAGAGUCCUAUACAUCGUGAAGAGUUGAGCGUUCUUCCGAAACGAGAACAGACGGAAGUGCUAUUCCGAGUGCUGAAAGAAAUGAGGCGAGAGAAGAGCGGGUUUUUCAAGAGCUUGUACAUUGUAUCAGAUGCUCGAUGUCCAGUGAUACGUUUUCGAUCCUACGAUAGACAUCUCGUGGAAUUAUCCGUGAACAAUAAGAUCGGAUGCCAAAAGUCAGCCUACAUCGGAGCGCUAGUGCAAGCCGACCAAUCCGGUCUACUGCGUAAAUUGGUUCUAGGAUUGCGUCUAUGGGCUGCUUCGAAUGGUGUUUUUUCAUCGGAGAAGAAGAGAACAUGGAAUCUCAAUUCGUACACUAUAAAUUUGAUGUUUUUCUCGUUUCUACAGUCGGAGAAAUUACUACCUGUCUUCGGUCAAUCUGGAGAGGAGUCUUUUAAUGGCACUGGAAUCGAUUUCACUGCUCCAUCCUACAGUUUGGCAAAUGUUGAUCUUCGUAAGCUCCUCAAG